CCGCGCGCGGCCUCCCCGGGCCGCCCCUCCUUUGUAAUUUGAAUAAACGCCUCCCCAUCCCGCGCGCGCCGCCUUAACCCGCCGCCCCCGCUCUCCCCGCUGCAGGCGGUGUGCGCGCGGGACCGACUCGGGCGGCGCGGCGGCUGCAGGCUGCGAGCCCGGCGCCCGGCGCGCAACCAUGAAGGCGAGGCCGCAGGUCUGCGAGGCGCUGCUCUUCGCCCUGGCUCUCCACACCGGCGUGUGCUACGGCAUCAAGUGGCUGGCGCUGUCCAAGACGCCGGCGGCCUUGGCACUGAACCAGACGCAGCACUGCAAGCAGCUGGAGGGCCUGGUGUCAGCACAGGUGCAACUGUGUCGCAGCAACCUGGAGCUCAUGCACACAGUGGUGCGUGCGGCCCGUGAGGUCAUGAAGGCCUGUCGCAGGGCCUUUGCCGACAUGCGCUGGAACUGCUCCUCCAUCGAGCUCGCCCCCAACUACCUGCUUGACCUGGAGAGAGGGACCCGGGAGUCGGCCUUCGUGUAUGCAUUAUCAGCGGCCGCCAUCAGCCAUGCCAUCGCCCGGGCCUGCACCUCUGGCGACCUGCCCGGCUGCUCAUGCGGCCCCGUCCCAGGUGAGCCACCCGGGCCCGGGAACCGCUGGGGAGGAUGUGCGGACAACCUCAGCUACGGGCUCCUCAUGGGGGCCAAGUUUUCCGAUGCUCCUAUGAAGGUGAAAAAAACAGGAUCCCAAGCCAAUAAACUGAUGCGUCUACACAACAGUGAAGUGGGGAGACAGGCUCUGCGUGCCUCUCUGGAAAUGAAGUGUAAGUGCCACGGGGUGUCGGGCUCCUGCUCCAUCCGCACCUGCUGGAAGGGGCUACAGGAGCUGCGGGAUGUGGCCGCUGACCUCAAGAGCCGCUAUCUGUCGGCCACCAAGGUGGUACACAGACCCAUGGGCACCCGCAAGCACCUGGUGCCCAAGGACCUGGACAUUCGGCCCGUGAAGGACUCGGAGCUUGUCUACCUGCAGAGCUCGCCUGACUUCUGCAUGAAGAAUGAGAAGGUGGGCUCGCACGGGACACAAGACAGGCAGUGCAACAAGACCUCGAAUGGCAGUGACAGCUGCGAUCUCAUGUGCUGUGGGCGCGGCUACAACCCCUACACGGAUCGCGUGGUUGAGCGGUGCCACUGCAAGUACCACUGGUGCUGCUACGUGACGUGUCGCCGCUGUGAGCGUACUGUGGAGCGCUAUGUGUGCAAAUGAGGCCUGCCCACGCCUGUGCCCACGGGAGCCCAUGCCCGCACCCGCUC